GCGGGAAGAAGCAUCGACACCUCCUAGGGAGAGAUAUUCUUCCACCGCCUCGGCAGUCGACGAAGAAUUUGCCGAACUCUUUCAAGAGAUCGACGAGUACGUCGAGGCGGGGGAGCAGGCGGCAAGCUCGUCGGAGGGUACAGCGAGCCAGGCAGUGGGGGAGCCAAGCGUCGCUCCAUUGUCAUCGGCCGUCGAGGAACAAGAAGCUGCUCCCCAGCUUAUUAGGCCCAGAGGACGGGAGGAGGCCCAAUUGCUUCCGUCAGAGAUUCACCCAGACGUGGGCUGGAUGCGGUGGCUAGACAGGCACGGAGCCAAGAUGAGGGAUGACCUCUGCGUGGGGGAAGGGUACCAAAUGCGCGUGCCGGCCGGUCUGGACUCGACCGUCAGCCUGCUUGCCGAGGGAGAAUUCCCUGUGUAUGCCGCGUCAAUCAAACUCGGCAUGAGAUUCCCUCCACACCCCUUCGUUGUGGAGGUGUUAGAUGGUUUCAAUAUUGGGGUGGCCCAGCUGACCCCCAACUCAUGGGCGGAUAUCUUUGGCUACAUUGCCAAAUGUGCACUGAACGACGUGGAGCCGUCCUUCAACGCCUUUCUGCAUCUGGUCUCCCUCUCUCGUUCCCCCAGUGCUGCCAAAGGGUGGUUUAAUCUGAGCAGCCGUGGUACCUACCAGACAGUGGUCGGCAAGCUCAGCAAGUGGCAUAUGUGGAGGAAGAGGUGGGUCGUGUUUUACACUGACGACCAGGAGAUGUAUGAGAGAAUGAGCCGUUGGAACUGUGACGCCAACUUCAUGGAUCGUGACGAGCCCCUCCCCCCCCUUACUGCCGAAGAGUGGGAUCAGAUAAUGGUCCUGUUCAGGGCCAACACUUACCACUUAACAGUGGAUAAGAGUUUCCAUGUGCCGGCCGAGUGGUUGCCGCACAUUAGCCAGUUUCGGAACGAGGCCUUUCUAGCGGCCGUAGGCUUAGGAUAUUCCAUGACUCGAGGUUGUAUGCCAAUUUAUGUGCCGUUCCGCGUUGGUCUAUUCAUUUUUUCUAACUUUGGAUUUCUUUUGUUCACAGAGGAAGGAAUGAGCAAGUUAUCGGCGGCGGAUAUUGGGAAGGGCGAUAUGACCGAUUGGAUGGCGGACAUCUAUGAGGCCAAGAUGCAGAAAGCCAAGGCCGAAUUGGAGGAGAAGCAAGCUAAAGACGCGGCUAGGGCGUCAGGGAAGAAGAAGGGGACGACUCUGUCCCAGCUGAAGAAGAGAGCUGUGCCGGCUGGCUCGGAGACUCCGAGUACCUUCAAGAAGCCAAAACCCCUACCUCGCCGUCUCGUGAAGAAAGACGAGUCGAAGGUUGCUGAGGGGGGAUGCCCUGAUGACGAAGAGAUGGGCGUGGACAAGCCGUCUCUGGUGGUGGACUUGGUGGAGGACCCUCUUUCGGGAAUCCCGGCCGACGUCCGCUCUCAGAUACCGGCGGAGGUGGCCCGCCGAGCUAGGUCUUCGGGCGCCAAAGACAAAGGGAAGGAUGCAGCUGCUGCCGAGGAUGAGAACGUACCUGCUACUCCCCACUAUUCGUCAAAGGAUAGGGCGGCUAUAUGUCGCAAGGUUUUUAAGGCCGUCCCCGCAGAGUAUGUUGCUUCUCUUCCUGGCCGCAAGACUGACGCCCAGUUUGGUGCGAUCCAGGCCACUCUUCUCGACUUGUUCUGCCGCAUGGAAUUCUGCAAGAGCUGGAAGACCCGCACUGCUGAGGAGCUCAAAGCUCAGGUGGCUGAGUCCACCCACCAUGGUGACUAUGCGUUCAAGUCCAUUGAAGAGGUCCGCCUGCAGAUGCAGACGACCAUAGACCUUCAAGCGAAGGAGGUGGCUGCGUUGAGAUCUGACAAGGCCGAGCUGCUUAAGAAGAUCUUGGCGCAGGACAAGGACAUGGUGGCAAUGGUCGAGGAGGCCAAGACAGCGGCGGCGGAAAUACGGGCGCUUCAGGACCAGUUGCGGGAGUACCCUCAGGUCAAAGAGGCGGCUGAGGAAGCCGAGCAUCUUCGUGGGGAGCUAGAGACGGCCAGAUCGCAAGUUCGCACCUUGCGUGAGCGUCUUCUGGAAUCCUAUGAUCAGGGGGAACAAGCGACCAAGGACGCUGUUAAGCACGCCUGGGAGAGCCACAUGUCAGAGUAUGAUCUUGGGUGGUUCCAGCGGCGAAUGGAGCACAGUGCCGCUGUGUUGGCUGCUGAACGUCUUGGUCAGCCGCCCCCAGAGUUUGUAUCAUCUGAUGACGAGGACGAUGCGGCCGCCCCCUGAUUUGCUUCCUUUCCUAUUUUUUUUAAAAUUUUAUUCAAGCGUUCCCGUGCCUAAGGGCAAAAACAAUUAUGUUGUAAAGUUUUGGCGCUGAUGGCGUCUGUAUCAUUGUGCCUGCUGAGCACACAACAAUUCUCUUUCUUUUUCCUGGUCAGGAAUUCUGAGCUACUUUCACACGCCUUUCUACGGGCGUUGUUUUAUAAGUAAAUAGGUUUUUUUUUUGAUGU